AUGAAUACCGCAACUGAGUCUUCCUCUCCUCCUGAGGGGGAGAAGGAGAAGAGCGCGGCGUCGGUCGACGUGAGUGUGGCGGCGAACAAGCCAGGCAGUGUCGAGAGCGAACUUUCUUCAGACAGGCGAAUCAACGUGGACGACCUGUCUCCCGGGAACAAGCCGACGGGGGACGGGCAAGAGACUCCCGAGGCCGAGGAAGAAGAGGAGGACGAAGAAGAGGAGAAGGAAGACGAAGAAGAAGAAGGUCUGCGCGAAGGUGAAGACGAGACGCACACCUUCACGCAGGCGGAAAGACACUCCGGAGAAUACGGCCUCGCAAAUGCAGAACUCGAGGCGAAACUGAGGGAACUGCUGCGACAAGCCGAUACGUUCUCAUCCAGAAUCCAUGGAGGAGGCAAUGCCGCCGCGCCUCCGAAGAAAGGCCCCGGCUCUCGAGGGCGUGAGCGCCGCAUGUUGAGUGAAGCCGAGGAAGACGACAUUCUGCUGCGUCGCCUGGAGGAGGACUCGGGAGAGGGUGCAGAAGGAGACGCGUCGCGACAGGGUGAUGUCUUUGUUCGAAUAACAGAGCAGCCGUCGUGCAUCGAGGGGAAAAUGAAACACUACCAGAUUGAAGGUCUGAACUGGCUGUACCAGCUGCACUGCCUGGACAUCAACGGCAUCCUCGCAGACGAAAUGGGCCUCGGAAAAACGCUCCAAACGAUCAGCAUUCUCGCCUUCCUCCAGUUCGAAAAGAACAUCCCUGGACCGCACCUCGUCAUCUGCCCGAGAUCCACUCUCGACAACUGGUUCAACGAAGUCAAAAAAUGGUGCCCGCGGUUCCGGCCGGCGCGCCUGCACGGGACGAAGGAGGAGCGGCAGGAGCUGUACGAAUCGGUCCUCGACCCUGGUCUCUUUGAUAUUUGCAUAACGACUUACGAAAUGGUCAUCAAAGAUUACCACCGUCUCGCGUCGAGGUUUCAGUGGAACUACUUGAUCAUGGACGAAGCUCAUCGAAUCAAGAACGAAAAGAGCGUACUGUCGGAAGUCGUGAGGCGCUUCCGACCUCGACGCCGUCUCCUGAUUACCGGGACGCCUCUCCAGAACAAUCUCCGGGAGCUCUGGGCGCUUCUGAACUUCAUCAUGCCGCAGCUGUUCGACGUCACGCUCGACUUUGCGGCUCUCUUCGACUUCUCGAGGCUCAACACAGAGCAACAGCAGCACCAGGUCAUCACGACGCUGCACCGGAUUCUCAGACCGUUCAUGCUGCGACGUCUAAAGUCCGACGUUGCCAGAGACCUUCCUCCAAAAAGAGAAAUCUACAUCUUUGUCGGCAUGUCAAAGCUGCAGAAGAAGCUGUACGCAGACAUCCUGUCGAAGAACGUGGAAGUACUGAAUGCGAUGUCGGGAAGCAAAACGCAGAUGCUGAACAUCCUCAUGCAGCUGCGAAAGUGCUGCAACCACCCGUACUUGUUCGACGGCGUGGAGCCUGGCCCGCCGUACGUCGAGGGGGAACAUAUGGUGGAGGCGGCGGGGAAAAUGGCGUUGCUCGACAAACUUCUUCCCCGACUAAAAGCCGAAGGAAGUCGUGUUCUUCUCUUCUCGCAAAUGACCAGGCUUCUCGACAUCGUCGACGACUACUGCAGGUGGCGCGGCUUCGACUACUGCCGCAUUGAUGGGGGGACGCCGGGCACAGAGCGACAAGAGAGAAUCGAUGAAUUCAACGCAGAAGGCUCAAAAAAAUUCCUUUUUCUGCUGUCCACUCGCGCUGGCGGCCUCGGAAUCAACCUGGCGACAGCGGACAUCGUCAUUCUCUUCGACAGUGACUUCAACCCCCAAAUGGAUCUUCAAGCCAUGGACCGAGCACAUCGGAUCGGGCAAAAGAAACGCGUCGUGGUUUAUCGCUUUGUCACUGGCGACACCGUGGAGGCGAAGAUCGUGGAGAGAGCAGCGAAGAAACUCAAAUUGGACUCUCUUGUGAUUCAAAAAGGACGCCUCAGCCAAUCCAACCAAGCGCAAAAAGGACCCUCCACCAACGAGCUGCAUGCCAUUCUCCAGUUCGGUGCUCAGGAAGUCUACCGCACACAGGACGAGAGUUCAAUCACGGAGGCAGACAUCGACGUCAUUCUUGCGGACGCCGAGCAGAGAACUGCGGAGAUUCAGGCCCAGCUGACCAGUUUGGAAAGAACUUUCGACUUGAGCAACAUGAGUCUGGACGGAGGCCUGCACAUGUACGGCGAAGAAGACGACGAGAUGCGUAACCAGCCGCGAAAACCUGGGAGGAAGAAGGCGGUUAAACUCAACCGUCCUGCAACGUUCUUCGAGCUCGGCGACCGAAAGACCAAGUGGCGCGGUGACGGAGGUGCCGCUGCCAUGGCGAUGGUGAAGAAGGAACGAAAACUGUCGAGAAAGACCCUUACAGGCUGGAGAGCGGAAAUUAACGGCGGCUACGACUUCCAGUUCUUCAAUGCAGAUCAACUUGAUGCUUUGGAUGCGAUCCAGCGCAACUGGCAGGCCUACCUGGACAACCGAAGAAGGAAGCUGCUGGAGACUUUGAAGAGAGAGAGAGACAGCGCCUUGGCAUUGGCAGAGGGAGUGAAGAAGGAGGUCGAGACCGAGAAGGGCCAAGACGCGGAGGAGCCUCCUGCGAAAAAGCAGAAAACGUCCGCAGGCGACAAGCCUGAGACGCCAGUCUUCCAGAAGCCGACAGUCGCUGACCUGCUUCGUGCAUGCAGAGAAAAUGAAACACAAGUAGAGGGAGGCGACGCGUCCUGGACGCAAGGUCUCCGUCACCUCUCCGUUCACCAGGCCGAACAAGUCGAGAGACUCCUCGAGAGCUUUGCGUCGGCAGCGGGUCUGUCUCUGAGCACCUUCGAGCCGAGACACCCGGAAGACGUCGAAAUGGAAGCGUUGCCGCCUUCUGGAACCGUGGAGAAGAUUUGCCGCCACCUUCGCUGUCAAGAGGGAGAACAUGAAUACUUGUUCUCGACUUCUGCUCCUUCUUUCGCUGCCGCCCUACAGCAGCUUGCUGAGGAUUUAGUUGGUGGCCGUGCAGAGGCCUUGGGCGUACUGGUCGCCGUUGAGGCUGCGCGGCGUUUCGCCGUCCCGACUAGCGAGGCGGAGCCGGAGAGGCAGGGCAUCGAGCGCGAGCGAGAAGAAAUGGCUACGGAAGAAGAGGCCAAAGAAGCAGAAGGCAAAGAAGCAGAAGGCAAAGAAGAAGAAAGCAAAGACGCGACGAAGGAAGAGCUGAAGGAGAGUCACGAAGAGAGCGAAGCACUGGCACCCGAGGCCGAGGACGACGCUCAGGGAGGAGAGGAAGAUGAGAGUGAGAAGCCGUCUCCCCCUGCCUCCUCCGGGUCUCCUGCUGCAGGCGAGGAGGGAGCCGUGACGAAGAAGAAGGCAGGACGUCCGAGAAAGAAUGUGAAAGAAGAAGAAAGAGGCGUUGACGAAGACGAAGAAGACGAGGCGCUUCUCGCACUCCUGAAAGAAGAAGAUCUCGACGACGAAAACGACCCUGAACGACCCGAGGAAUUCACCGAGGAAAUGCGCAAAGAGAAGGAGCGGCUUUUGGCUGAGGGUUUCGGCCACUGGAAUCGCACGGAAUUCUCAAAGUUUGUGAGCGGCCUAAUUCACUACGGGCGCGACCGGCUCGCGGAAGCCUGGUGCGCUCACUUCCGCGGCACCACGAAAAGCUUGGAGGAUCUGGAGCGCUACACGGAGGUCUUCUGCAAAAGAUACUCGGAAGUCGAAGGGGGCGACCGGAUUAUGCAGCGUGUGGAGAAGGCGGCAGAUAUUCGUGGAGCUCUGGACUCUCAAAGGCGCGCCGUUCAAGCCAUGGUCGAGGAACAACUUCGAGAAGAAACAGCAGGCAACGGGGCGUCGCGUCCGAUUGAGCGUCCUGACGAGCUUCGCCUGCCUAAACGCCUCGCCCCCAGCACACACUUCACUCCCCAAGAAGAUUCCAUGCUGCUCUGGGGUCUCUACGAGCAGGGCGUCACUGCCUAUGCCGCCAUCCACGCGCUGCUCAAGUAUUACUGGUUUGACAGUCGUGGCUUCUUCCACGUUGCGUCGAGGAGCAUGAAGCAAGUGGAGGACCGCUGCAAGGAGAUCGUCAUGGCCAUUGAACUCGAGGAGACAGCGAAGACGGGACAAAAAGAGUGCAUGCGCUAUCGGCAAUUUCGGCCUACAAGUCACCGGAUCGGGCGUCCGCCGACGCGGUUGAGUGCGGGAGGGCGGCCCGGGCGCGGGCAUGCGUCACAUCUGUCUCGGAGCCGGGAGAAGAACGGAGACGCUUUGGUUUUCCCCGGAGACGAAGGCGAAGAAGGCCGAAGCGUGUGUUGGGAGAACGAAGAAGGCGAGGAGCGGCGCGAGGGGAGGACAGACGGCAUGGCUUUCGACACCGCGAGGAACGCCGACGGUCGGGGCGGCAGCCAUAAGUCGAGGCGAUGUACGGGGCGAAAGCGGGGAAGGCCUCGUGGCGGCCGGGGCAGAAGCUCGACCCGGGGCCUGGCUCCGACGCACCUCACAGGAGACUCUGGCACAGGCGCAGGAUUGGGCUCCGGCGAAAGCGACCGGGGCGGCGAGGAGCAAGAGCUGCGACAUGAGGGCGACGAAAACGAGUCGGGGAGAGAGGAUGUGCGAGAGAAAGAAGAGGAAAAGGACGGUGAUGAACACGGCAAACUGGUUGCGUAGGCGGAGGUCGAGAAUCCUUCUUUGUGGCCUUCAACCGAGGUGCAAAAGGCGUAGAUAGACAUACCUGCACAUAUUUAACUCUAGAUGGUCUUUCUUUUUCAGUCCAAGGCAAAGACGGAGAGACGGAAUACAGAGACAGCGUCGCCGCAAGUGUGCGGAGCGGACAGCUGUCGAGAGAAAAGAACCAUUGUGGAGUUUGAUGUGAUACCAAAAAACAGCGUGUCUCCCAGUUAUCGAGUCGUAGAGUUCUGUUUUUGGAAACACAUUGUCUGUGUGCCAUCGUGCAAGCCGUCAGUUUCGGUGUCAAUGAAUUCGUUUUCGAACAAUGCAAUUGCUUCGCCACGCCUGAGCACAGAGAAAUGUACCGGUCCAGUGUGUGAGGAAAGCCACGCAGGUGCCGAGGGGAUCCUCAAAAUGGGAACUCUGGAGUGUGGGUCCGCAGUUGUUUGUUUGGGCUGCAGGCCACAAGUGAAAUUUCGUUUUACAUGAGAGCAACUCACUCUUUGUCUGUUUUCAUUCUCUUGGCGGUUGCUCUUCGCUUCUCAAUGUGGUAUGCAACUGUUUGUUGCGAACCCUUGCACCACGCCUCUAAAAACACGCUCGACAGUGG